CAGAAAGAUUUGGAGUCUAGUUUCUGUGAUGCCAAUGUGUUAGUCACUCUUGGUGACAGAGGCUGGAGAGAAUAUGGAGCUCAGAUUGUCCUGGAACCUUUUGAUAAUAAUGAAUGGAGACUUGCGGUGAAAAUGUCAGGGACAACGAAAUACUCACACAGGGCACAUCAGUUUCUGCAACCUGGGUCGGUAAAUAGGUUUACACAUGCUAUGAUGUGGAAAGGUGGAAAAGAUUGGAUCUUGGAGUUCCCUGAUAGGGGCCAGUGGUCUCUUUUUAAAGAGAUGCAUGAAGAGUGCUACAGUAGAAACAGUCGGGCUGCUUUAGUUAGAAAUAUUCCUAUUCCUGGCAUCCGCAUGAUAGAAAAGGAACAUUUUGAUGGAGCAGAGACUGAAUUUAUUCGCAGUUCUUCUAAAUAUUAUCGGCAGACUGAAACUGAUGUUGAGAUGGCAUUGAAUCCUUCACGUGUUUUGUAUGACAUGGACAGCGAUGAUGAGCAGUGCCUUUUGAGAAUUCGUGAGUGUUCGGAAGCUGAGAAUAGUGGCUCUUGUGAGAUCACUGAGGACAUGUUUGAGAAGGCUAUGGACAUGUUUGAGAAGGCUUCAUAUGUAAAGCAGCGUGAUCACUUUACAUUAGUGGAAAUUCAAGAAUUGAUGGCUGGAGUUGGAUCCUUGGAAGCAAUGCAAACAUUAUAUGAGCUU